UAGUGUAUCAUCCAUCCAAUCUAGACGUCUUUUUCACUUCGCUGUUUUCUGUCAUUUUAUAUUUUAUACAUUCGUAAUUAUGUGGUAAUUUUAUAUUUAUUAUCUCUCGAAACAUGAAAAGAGAUUAUUGUGUUAUGUUUCCUUGUGUUGUUAAGUUUAAAUACUAGAAAGCAUCGUGAAUUAUAUAUAACACAAAGUAUGGAACACAUCGACUUAAAGUGACAACAGCUAUGUCAGUGGCAAGGCAUUAGUAGGCAUGGAUACGUUGCACGUCAGCCAUGGUCACAGCAAGGGGUCGAGCAGGAGCCAGUCGCCGUCCACCGCGGAGCUGUCGAGGGACCCGGCGGUCACGGACGACGCCGUGAUACGGUCGCGGGUGCAGUCGCCCACGGUGCACCAUGUCAGCGAUCCAUCUCGGCACGGUGAGACCCGUUCGCACCACGUCAAGUCGCAUUCCAGAGAUCUCGGCAAUAGUCCUCUGUCGGCGAAUACCACGGGCAAUUCGUCUAGGGAUCUAGAAGACUCGCCGCAGAAGAAGGCCAUCUCGAACGUUCUAGGUCCCGGUGAUUACGUCACAGCGGUAUACAGCCCUAACGUGUCCUACGCUUUGUCUUCAGACGAAUAUGGGUCUCCGGCUUAUAGAGGUCAAGAUGGAGACUACUUAAAUCAAGGAUCGGAAGAGAGCGAGGGCGGCGGCGGCGUGACGUCAGCGAAAGCGCUCGCCGCCAUCGCGCAUCUCAACAGCAAGGUCGAGCGGACCAAGGACUUGAUACGCCUGGAGCAGACCAUACGGGAUGACAACGUGAACGAGUACCUCAAAUUGGCUGCUAACGCAGACAAACAGCAGUUGCAGCGCAUCAAAGCGGUCUUCGAGAAGAAGAACCAGAAGAGUGCGCUCUGCAUCGUCCAGCUGCAGAAGAAAUUGGAGGGGUACAACAAGAGGAUCAAGAAUUGGGAGCAACAUGGCACAAGCGGACAGACGCACAGACAGCCGCGGGAAGUGUUGCGCGAUAUGGGGCAGGGUCUAAAGAACGUGGGCGGCAACAUCCGCGACGGCAUCACCGGGCUCGGCGGCAGCGUGAUGGCGGCGCCGCGCGAGUUCGCGCACCUCUUCUCGCGCUCCAACCGCUUCGGCUCCGCCGACAACAUCGCGCACCUCGCCGAAAACACGGGUCCCUCCCCACAACAUACGGAUCUGAGAGCGAACGCGUCGUCGGAAGGGUCGCGCGCGUCGGAGGCGGGCGAGAACGCGCCGCGCGGCUCCACGCUGCCGCGCGCCGCCACCUCGCCGGCGCCCAAGUACUCGCCCGACGCCUCGCCCUCCUCCUCCGUCACCAGCGAGGGCGCGCCUUACCCCACACAAGCGGGCUCCAACAACAUGUCGGAGGCGACGUUCAGCCUCAAGCCGAUCCUCAACGAGCUGAGGGAGAGGCGGGAGGACUACGAGCGGUUGGCUGAAAAGAUUGACGCCCUCAAGAAUUUAACGCAGGAGGUGUCGUUCCUGUCGGCCGCCCUGCAGGAGGAGCGCUUCAAGACGGAACGGCUCGAGGAGCAAAUCAACGACCUCACUGAGUUGCAUCAGAAUGAGGUGGAGAAUUUAAAACAAGCACUGACAGACGUAGAAGAGAAAGUGCAGUAUCAGAGCGAAGAGAGGAUACGAGACAUACACGAGGCCUUAGAUCUGUGUCAAACUAAAAUCAGCAAGCUGGAGCAGUGGAUGGCGGGCGGCGGCGCGGGCGGCGGCGCGGGCGGCGCGGGCGAGGCGGGCGGCGCCGCGCUGCCGCCGCGCGUCGUGCUCGUCAAGCUGCUCAACGUGGCGCUCACGCUGCUGCAGCUCGCGCUGCUGCUCGUCGCCACCGUCGCCGGCGUCGCCAUGCCCUUCCUGCGCACCAGGGUGCGCGUGCUGACGACGAGCCUGGCGGUGAUGCUGGGCGUCAUGGUGCUGAAGCAGUGGCCCGAGGUGGCGCAGCUGUCCGAGCAUCUCGCGCGCCGCCUCAAGGAGUACCUGCUCGACAAGCACGCCGACAGGUAUGAGUGCAAAUCGUUGUGUGGUUGAUAUUUUCGCCGAAUCGUGAUAUUGCAAUUUAGUCCUUGGGGUUGUCUACACAAUGUGUGUGCGCG